UCGGUUGGCUAUGUUGUUGGCGACCUGGCGUUGAAAGAGAAAAAAAAAAAAAGCAUACAAAUUGUCAACCUAGUUUACACACACAGUAUUUGAAGCAUUUUAGGUGACAAUUAUCCAACAAAGCAACUGAUUAAAUUGGUAAACAGAUUACUCCAAGUAUCAAAAAUUUAUUUACAUUUAAAAACAAAUACAGUUUUUUUAUAUUUAAUACUCAAAUAAUAAGUCGGUGUUAUCAGUGUUUGGCAUAUUUUACUCCAUCUACGUCUUGUACAGUUUUUUUUUUUUACCUUUAUAUUCUGAAGUAUUAUAUUGUAUCAUUGCAUAUAUAUGUAUACACAUAUAUAAAAUAAUCCAAUAAUCAAAUGUGAUAUCAAAAUAAUAUUAUACAUUUAUAUUGUAAUAAAAUUGUUAAAUCAAAUUAAAAAAUAUAGUUAAAAACUAUUUGUCAAACAAUGGCGCAAAGAUUUCCACAAAAUCCUGGAAAUAAUGGACCACCACCUCAGAGAUAUCCACCACCAUCAGUACCACCAAAUCUUCGUCAAUAUCCUGGUCCAAAUUUUCCAAUGCAACAAAGAUCUGGUUUUACACCACCACCACAAAUGGGAUCAGGUGGUCCAGGACCUGGUGGUAUAAUGAGACCAAAUCAACCAUAUACAAACAUGCGACAAGGACCAAUGCCAGCACCACAAGGUGGUAAAAGAAGCAAUGAUCAACGUAUUCCAAUUUCACAACAAAAACCGUAUUUUUGGAACAGUGAUUUUUCACAUUCCACAUCGAAGAAAAAGAAGAAAUUGGCUGAUAAAAUAUUGCCACAAAAAGUACGUGAUUUAGUACCAGAAUCACAGGCAUAUAUGGAUUUACUUGCAUUUGAAAGAAAAUUAGAUGCAACAAUAAUGCGUAAAAGAUUGGAUAUACAAGAGGCAUUAAAACGUCCAAUGAAACAAAAAAGAAAAUUACGUAUAUUUAUAUCAAAUACAUUUUAUCCAGCAAAAGAAGCUGGAGAAGGUGAAGAAGGUUCUGUUGCAUCAUGGGAACUUAGAGUUGAAGGAAGACUUUUAGAUGAUACAAAAAAUGAUCCAAACAAGGUCAAACGAAAAUUUUCAUCAUUUUUCAAAAGUUUGGUUAUUGAAUUGGACAAAGAUUUAUAUGGUCCAGAUAAUCAUUUGGUUGAAUGGCAUCGUACAUUGACAACUCAAGAAACUGAUGGUUUUCAAGUAAAACGUCCUGGUGAUAAAAAUGUUCGAUGCACAAUUCUUUUACUUUUGGAUUAUCAGCCACUCCAGUUUAAAUUGGAUCCAAGACUGGCUCGUUUGUUGGGUGUUCAUACACAAACUCGACCUGUUAUAAUAUCAGCACUUUGGCAAUAUAUAAAAACUCAUAAACUACAAGAUUGUCAUGAACGUGAAUUUAUAAAUUGUGAUAAAUAUUUGGAGCAAAUAUUUACAUGUCCACGUAUGAAAUUUGCUGAAAUUCCACAACGUUUAAAUCCAUUAUUACAUCCACCAGAUCCAAUUGUUAUAAAUCAUGUUAUAAGUGUUGAAGGAACAGAAACAAAACAAACAGCUUGUUAUGAUAUUGAUGUUGAAGUUGAUGAUACAUUAAAAACUCAAAUGAAUAAUUUCUUAUUAUCAACGGCAAGCCAACAAGAAAUUCAAAGCUUGGAUAAUAAAAUUCAUGAAACAGUUGAAACAAUAAAUCAAUUAAAAACAAAUCGUGAAUUUUUCUUAAGUUUUGCUAAAGAUCCACAACAAUUUAUAAAUAAAUGGAUUAUAUCACAAACAAGAGAUUUAAAAACAAUGACUGAUGUUGUUGGUAAUCCAGAAGAAGAAAGAAGAGCUGAAUUUUAUUAUCAACCUUGGGCACAAGAAGCUGUAUGCAGAUACUUUUAUACAAAAGUACAACAAAAACGUGCUGAAUUGGAACAAGCUCUUGGCAUUAGAAAUUCAUAAAUAAUUUUAUUGACUUUUUCUGAUGAUGAUGAUAAAUGUUUCAUGCAUAAUACGACAGAGUCGUUUUCAUAUUGAAAUUUUUUUAUUUAUAAUUUCUAAUUACUAUGUUUCUAUGAAUGUUUCAUAAAGACAAAAAAAAAAAAAUUAUUAUCAAUAGUUUUUUCUUUUUUUCUAUUUUAUUAUUUGUCAAUUGUAUUUACAUUUUUUUUUUUUUUUCUUUUAUAAUCUUAAUCGCAUUAUAACUGACGAAGUUUGAUGUAUGUAUACGUAAUAAUAAUUUUUCUUCAAG